AUGUAUGUCGCCUCUUUGCACUUGACUAUCACUACAGGCACGCGACAUAUACGAAACCAUUUCUUGCAAAUUUCAUCAACAUCGAUGUGUUCAACACAUUCCGAGCCGUUAGAGGAACAUGUUUCGCUCAUGUCCGAACCAUCUCAGCUUCUUUUUAAUAGCAUUUUCCAGAAAGAGGUCAAAGGAAGACGGCCGAGUCAGCUGCCAAUUACUUCUUCUACAGCUCGCCUGUACCAAAAAACCGUUUCCACACGCGUGGAGCUCAUGUGUCGCCAGUCACUCAAAAGACAGCUCUUGGGUAAUAAUUCGAUUAAAAGACAGCUCUUGAGAACUAUCACGCCUGGAUAUCACGGUAUGGAAUCUUCCGAACAAAGAAUGAACGCCCUCUCUACCAAUUCUUCGCUCCGUCCAAUAACUCUCAUUGACCUGUACUUUGUAUGGGAAAGCCUCCAAAGAGUGCCAUCUCUACAACUGAAGGUUGCUGGUUUGGAAUACUUCGCACAUGACGUGUGGCAGAAGAAUACUCCAAGCCGGGGAAGUAUCCCGGGACGCUGCUACCAGCUGUUCUUGUGUCGGAGGCCAGAGACUACUACGGCAGUGAGAGUGGAUAUUCGCCGCUGCUGUCAAAGGACAAAAACAGAAGUCAUGGACGACUAG